UGGAUGUUUGCUUUAAAGCGGUUCCGGAUACGGCAGAGAGACUAAAGGACUUUGGUGUGAUCGUUUGGUGGAUUUAGGGACACUUUCCUUACAGUCAGUGUGAUCUAACCCGUGCUAGACCUGUUUGACCCGCUUGACAUCUGUAUAUCAGUUCGAAUUGGACCAUGUCUGUAACAGCGGAGUCUCUUCGGAAUAAACUGGCAGCGGAAAUGGGCGCUGUGCAUGUGGAAGUUGAGGACACAACUACCGAUCACUGUUCUACUAGUUUCAAAGUUCUCAUCGUCUGCCCCCAGUUUGAAGGCAAACCUCUUCUACAAAGACACAGGAUGGUGAAUACUUGCCUCGCUGAAGAAUUGAAGGAGAUUCACGCUUUUGAACAGAAGACACUGACGCCGGAACAGUGGGAGAAACAGAAAGCAGAUUAGAGAGUUAUUGGGAAACACGUCUAGGUCAUUCAAACAUGUAAUCCAACCAUAUCACAAUCACAAACAAACUACAGGGUUGAUUUGAUCAGCUUCCACCCUGACACGACACAGAUGGGUUUUAUUAGAGUGUUUUACAGCACUGCUGACUGCCCCUGGAUCGAGUCAACCACUGAUUUGUAAUCUCUAAAAACCCAGCUGGGGUUUAUCAAGGUACAGACUGAUCAAACUAAUCCUUUACAUGGCUAAUUUGGCUAGUGCCUUCAGCGCUGUUAUAAGACUAUUCGAAUAAAGCUAGACAAGCAGAAAACUGCGCUUCCCAGAGCGCAGAGGGAAAAGCUUUUGUAAGUUUUAACUAAACAUCGGUUAUUUAUUUCUGUAAGAAAAGAAACAAUUUUUCCCCAUUUUAUUUUUAAUAAUCUUGUUUGCCAUAAAAACAUGUUUUUUUUUUUGUAAAGCUAAAUAAAGUUUGAUCCUGA